AUGACAUUCAAAGUUCCCAGUUUGCCACCAGGAAGGAGUCCUGCAAGAAGUGUUCCUCCGGCACCUCCAAGAGCAGAUGAAAUCAAAGAGGAGGCUCCAAAUGCUCCUCCUCUGCCAUAUUCUGCGCCAGAAUGGUCAAAUAUACCAACUCAAGGCCCUUACAGCCUAGAAGCAAGACGCCUGCCAAUCUGUGAUAUCGAACUUGAACACGCUUCGGUGUCUCGCUACCAUGCUAUUAUUCAGUUUAAAGGUGAUGGUACUGUGUAUCUCUACGAUAUUUCUGUGCAUGGAACAUUCAUAAACAAGAAACAAGUGCCAAAGCAACAGUACAUCACGAUUCGCAAUGGAGAUCAGAUUCGAUUUGGUCAGAGCACUCGGCUUUAUGUGCUAAACGCUCCUCAUGAUGAGGAAGAGGAACAGCAGCAACAACAAGCACUGCAACUGCAACAUCAGCAACGAGUCAAGCGUCAACUUCAGCAACAGCAGAAACAGCCAGAACCAGAACCUGAUCAGGAAGUCUCGUGGGGCUUCCAAGAAGACGCAUACGAACUCGAAUCCCUUGCCGACGACACCCACAUCAACGUGGACGACAUAUCCCCCGACGUGUAUUACGCGCGAGACCCGAAAAAAGCACUCGUAAUAUGGUUUGAAACCCAAAGUAGUGAACCAACCUACGAAGUUUCUGAAGAAGGAGGUGUAUCUGGUCAAGGACGUACAUAUACAGCUCGAGUAACAGUACCUCUAGAUUCUGGCACCACAUUAACAGGACUCGGCAAGUCAACACGUAAACGAGAUGCAGAGAGACUAGCUGCUUUUGAAGCAUGUGCCAAGUUAGACAGGGCAAAGUUGUUGCGUGCUGAAGAUCGAAAAGCGGCACGUAAACGAGUUAAAGAGGAUGAAGACGAUGAUGAUACUUAUUAUGAUCGGACGGAUCGACGUGAUUUGAAGAAGAGGAGGGGUGAUGAUGCUGGUAGAGCUGUCGAAACAGCUGAGUCGUUGUUUGAAAAGAAACGAGUGGCUCUGGAAGAAAUUGAGACAUUAGAAGCUCAGAUAUCUAUUAUGGGUGCUUCGCAAGUAUCAACAUCGUCAAAUGACGACGACGAUGACAUGGAUGCCGUGUUAAAACAAAUGCAAUCAAAAGAAACCGUCGCUCAAAAAGAGGAUGAAAAGCGCCAGUUGAUAGAACGUGUAUCUUCGCUUCGCAAGGAAGUUGCUCGUCUUGAACGAAUCAUCAAGGCAUCCAAAGUCAGUCUCGAACCACCAAAAGCACCUACUCCAACUUCUAGCAAGUCGCAGCAGAUACCAGUGCUUGAUAGCAGUAAACCGAAAGAUAUGCUCCCUCCACCACGAAAGCCAUCUGCUAAAAUGGAGGUGGAACAUCCAAUAACGGAAACAACAGUACAUCAGCAACAACAUGCGUCUCAGCCAAUCUCGGAAUUCAAGUCUGAAUCUAAUGAUGAUGUGGAUAUGACUCCACAAUCAGAGCAGCCGGUGUCUCAAGGUAGACGUCGAUUUGGGGUCAUGACUCGUGAAGCUGUCGAAGCUCAAAAAGUCUAUGUCGAGCAUGAAGAUGUGGUGGAUUCUGUAGGAAAGGCUGGUGACGAAGCCAUGAAGGAGGCUAAUGCCGCGUAUGGUUAUUGA